CGAGCGUUCUUGGGGCUUUGCGUGCACGCGGGAUUAGGCUACUCGUCCGUCCGGUGAGAGUGAGGACAGGACACUGGGACAACCGGGAUAACGAGCACGAAGACCUCCGGGAACAUGUCUGCGUUGAGCCGUUACCGAGAAACCAGGAGUUAACGGCUGCUCUAACGGCUGCUCGAACCUCGACCGUUGGAUGUUAAGUUUGAAAGUUUUAACCGUUAGACGGUUUGUUAGUGAGCUGUUGGGAUAAACCACCAAGAGAGACAGACAGGUGUCCUCUCACGUCUCUGUCCUCUCUGACCGGGGCUCGGAGUUUUAACUCUUCUUUUAGUGGACUUGUCUGAGCCAUGUUGUGGAGCAGGUGGCUGGUCCUGCUGCUCUGCUGGGGGUCCACCAGCGGAGAGCAGCAGCAGCCGGAGGAGAGUGACUGGACCCCCCCGGUAGAGGCCCGGCUGGACUCCCGCAGACAGCGGUCCCCUCCACCGGUGGAGCCGUUGGAUUUUGGGUUUGUACCGGCGGCGGUUUAUGACACCCACGCUUACUACGAGCCAGGACCCAUAGGCAUCCUCUUCCACAUGGUCCACGCGUUUCUCUACGUUAUUCAACCGCACCCCUUCCCCAAAGAUCUGAUUGUUAAAGUUAUUCAACAAAACAUGGGAGGAAUCAAAAUAGAAGAAUGGAGAAAGCCCGAAAAUGUGGUCCUGUUACUACAGUGGAUCUACUACGAGGCCGGAUUCCUCAUAUGUGGGACCAUCGGCAUCACAUUCGUGAUCCUCGUCCCCAUCAUCGGCAUGUGUUUCUGUGUGUGUCGAUGCUGCGAGAACUGCGGAGGGGAGAUGCACCAGAGACAGAGAAAGAACGUCGACUGUCAGAGAGGUUUCUACACCGCCUCGCUCCUCGUCACCUCCAUCUUCAUCGUUCUGGGAGUACUCAUUGCCUAUGCUGCGAACCAUAAUGUCAGCGCCCAGAUUAAGAGCACACGGCGGUUAAUCAACACCAACAUGAGAGACCUGAAGACAUUUGCUAACAACACACCUGCGCAAAUUGACUACCUGACAGCCCAGUACACCACAGCAAAGAACAAAGUCCUGUCAGACCUCGACAACAUUGGACCGUUGCUGGGUGGAAGGAUCCACAGUCAGCUGGAGAAAGAGGUGGUUCCCUCACUGGACACCGCACUGCGAAUGGCAGGAGCCAUGCGGGAGACCAAAGAGGCCCUGGAGAACGCCAGCUCUUCCUUGGAGAUUCUCCAGGAGGGGACGGUGAAACUUCAAGCCAGCCUGUCGGGGGAACGCGCCUCUCUGACCAACACUUUAUCAGACCCUGCCUGCACUAAUGGAGCUGUGUCUCACACCUGUAACACCAUCCGCUCCACGCUGUCCGUGCUGGGAAUCAGCGCUGACUUCUCCAAGCUGCCAGAUGUCAGUCAUGCCUUGGCCAAUGUCCAUACCGUCCUGAGAACGGACCUCAGCAACAUCGUACAAAAGGGUUACUCAUCAUUUAAUGAUACACCAAAGCUGGUUAAAGAACAAACUAAAAACAUUGUCUCAGCUCUACCUCGAGUAAAAGGCAUGCUGGAUAAGAUUGGCACAGAGAUCAACAGCUUCUCCAGGAUGUUCCCAGUGGAACCUUCUCUGGUCAAUUUCACCAUUUUCCUCAGCGAAGGACAGAAAAACCUUGAGUCCUAUUACCCACAGGUUGACCAAAUAGAUUUCUACAGGUGGGUUGGCUGUGUGGGAGUGCUCUGCAUGGUCGUCCUGGUCCUGGCCUUCAACACCCUAGGACUGAUGUGUGGCACCUGUGGCUACGACAAGCAAGCUACACCAACAACACGCGGCUGCCUAUCAAACACCGGCGGCAACCUGCUAAUGGCUGGGGUGGGCUUCUCUUUCAUCUUCGUCUGGGUGCUGAUGGGCAUCGUGACCACCUUGUUUGUUGUUGGUGGCAACGUGGAGAAGAUUAUGUGUGAACCGCUCGCUAACAGACAACUAUUCAAGAUCAUAGACACACCAUACCUGGUUCAUCCCUCCAAGAAGAACUUCCUUCCUGGGAUGCUGUUUCAGAAUCCAAACAUUGACUUGACUCUGGGAAGCAUGUACAGGGACUGCUAUGAGAACAACGGUCUGUACCAUUCUCUGCAGCUGGAGACCAUGUUCAACAUCAACAACUUCCUCAACAGAACUGUGUACAACAAAGAUCUGGCCAAAGUGUUAGAGAGUGUGCAGGUGGACCUGCAGGACAUCACGCUGCUGGAGCAGGCCGGCAGAGACAACCUCAUCAACUUCGCCAACUCUGGAGUCGGACAGAUCGACUAUGAAACCUACUUGGCUGAGGUAAAUAAGGGAGUAACUCUGGUGGACCUCCUGUCCUUCUCUGCCGACCUGGAGGAUCAGGCCGACCAACUGCCACGUGGUGCUCUGGAGAACGCACUGAAGGGACACGCCAGCAGUAUCAGACAGAUUCACAGAGAACAGGUGGUUCCCAUGGAGCAAGCAAUGAAAUAUGUCAGAGCGCGGAGUACACUGAGCCAGAGCAUCAAGCAACUGCAGAGGAUGUCCAGCGACCUGCCGGUCAAGGUCACGAAUAUCCUGAGUGCCAUCGAUGCAGCAGAGUACCUCAUCAUUCAUAAUGCCUCUUAUGUGGUGAAACAGGAAACAAAGGGCUACAUACAGAGCUUGGUGGGAUACUUCAAACAGUACACAGACUGGGUUAAAAACUCGUUGACUGCAGAGGUGGCCCAGUGUAAACCCAUCAGUAACCUUGUGGACAGCAUGGAGAUAGUAGCAUGCAGCUUCAUAGUCGAUUCAGUGAACACAUUCUGGUUUGGUCUGGGAGGCUGCUGUAUCCUUCUGAUCCCCAGUAUCAUCUUCUCUAUCAAACUGGCCAAGUAUUACAGAAGGAUGGACACAGAGGACGUCUUUGAAGAUAUGGGUAAUACAGGUAAUCAUGGUGAACAAGUGUGCGAUAUCCACGGAGACCUCGCUGUGGUCAGUAGCUCUCCCUAUUGCGACACUCUGACCCGGUUCCCUCGGGCCUCUGCUCCCCCGAGCUACUCCGACUGGUGACCCAAAGGAACUCGUCGAUGAGCGGACAGGAGAGCUGGAACUGAUAUUUCCCUUGUGGAUCACUGGACUUUCCAGCUUUUCCAUUCAGAUCUUAUAACACUUCCAAGAACCAAAGGGAAGAACAACAACAACAACAAUCAGGAACUGUGUGGUGAGGGCGUCCCACCCCCCAGUAUCCCUUCAAGCCAUUUGACAAGGAUCUCUGAUGCCAGCCAACUGUAAUUUAUCAGUAAUAAGUGUUCUCUCAUACACAUCAGAACCAGUCACAGCAGUACCACAACAGUCCCUCUAGUGUGUCAUACUGUACAUCAACUAUCAGAGCAAUAUUCCCGCAUAGCUAGUUUUACCUGUAGAGAAUACAUUUGUUUUACGUUAUCAAUUUUAACAUGGUGACACAAGUGUACAUUUUUUACGCUUUCAAAACUUUUGAAAGUUUUAUAUAUUUUUGUUAAUGUUUGUUUUAUAACAUGUAAGUAGGUUUUUGUAGGAGUAGCUCUUUUCUUUUCUUUUCUUUGUCAAUAUUUGUAAUGUAGCUUGCAUCAUUUUGGCUCAACAGGUUGCAUCGACCAGGGAAUAGUUCGACAUUUUGGGAAAUACGCUUAUUUGCUUUCUCACUGAGAGUUAGACGAGAAGAUGCAACUCUCAUAUCUUUUUGUUAAAUACCAGUCUGUUAGCUUAGUUUUGCAUAAAGACAAAAACAAGUGUAGCAAGACUAAGAGUGUGUUCCAAUCCGCGUACUGCCGUACUAACACUUACUAUUUUGAGUGCACAAGUGCGUUCACACUGAAGUAUGGCAAAAUGCAGUACACUCGAAGUACCUGGAUGUUGUACUCAGAACAGUCAAAUUGUCUCAAUUGUCGCCAUCUUGGCUAUGUAGCGAAAGGGGAGGGACCACGACCACUAUUCAGAUAUGUGAUAAUGGCGGCAGACGAUGCAGGAGCUUUCGCGGUGCUGAACAACAUACCUCAUAGAUAAGUGAGGCGAAAAUAUUCUGGAUACUGGAGCUGCCAUCUUCAGAUUUUGAUGUCAUUUGUCAUCACAUCUGUGCAGUAGUGAUUGGAGGGCUGGAGCCGCAGUAUCGUGGUCACCAACCCGAACCAAUCGCAAGCCGAGCACGGCCUCAGCUUGUCAGCAAGAGAGACUCACAGCUGUCAAUUGUGACGUCUUUUUAUAGAAUCUAAUAACUAAUUAAAACCAAACUUGUCAGAACAAUUAACAUCAGCGUGAUAAGAACUAACUAAAAUGACAG